CAUAGUAACACACUCUACGCCGCUUCAAUCCAAGGCCACAAGCAGGAAGUAAUGCUUCUACUUGAUGCGGGCGCUAACGUCAACGCUCAGAGUGAACAAUACGGCAGCGCACUCCAAGCUGCUUCAUUUGGAGGUCAUGAGCAGGUAGCAAGGCUGCUACUUGAUGCGGGCGCUGAUGUCUACUCAUCAAACGAACUGUGCACAACAGCAUUCAAUAACGACUUCAAAGAA